CUCCACAUCUCGGAAAGAGAAGCUAUUGUGUCGGCCGGGAGUUGAGUGGAAGGGCCUGGGGGCCUGAGCUCUUGACUGCUCUGAGCUACUUCCCCAUUGGCUCCCAGCAGCCUGUGCUCAGCGAGGACUGAGCGACAGGGGGAGGCUCUAGUCCAUAAAAGGGGGGACGAGGCACCAGACUGCCAUUCGAAGGGGCUCACAGCUGCCUCCUUGGCACCUCUGAGGUGGAGUCAGGGCAGCCCCUGAGUCUGGGACCAGCCACCUGCCACCACCACACAACCUGCUGCCCCAGAAGCCGCCCAGGAACAAAGCAGCACACAGGUCAUUCACCUCCCGGCUUUGAGAUCUGCGUGGGGAGCUCCUGCAGCAGCCCCAGCCGGCAGGAAGAGGCACAAGAGAAUGGGGUGGCCAGAGCUGGUGAUGGCCGCGUGCCUCCUCGCUCUCCCCUCUGCCGCGGCAGACUGCCUGUCCCGCUGCGCCUGGUGUGCUGUGAAGACCCAGGAUGGACCCAAACCCAUCAACCCCCUGGUUUGCUCUCUGGAAUGCCAGGACGCCCUGCUGCCCUCGGAGGAGUGGGAGAGAUGUCAGGGCUUCCUGUCUUUUCUCAACCCGUCCACCCUUGGGCUUGCUGGCCAGGAAGAUCUGGAGAGCCAGGCAGCCUUGGAAGAAGCCUACAGCGAGCUGGCCAAGCUCCUGGGGCCCUUCCUGAAGGAGGCGGAGAGAAGCCAACUUCUCCCUGGCACCCUGACAAAGGAGAAGCUCAGGGGUUUCCCCGGUGGGUUUGGGGACGGAGGGGAAUCCGAGCUGCCCGGGGGUGCCCAGCUGAACAACGGCGCCCUGGAGGCUGCUGCGCUGGACUUGGAUGAGGAGGAUGCCAAGGUCAAGCGCUAUGGGGGCUUUCUACGCAAAUACCCCAAGAGGAGCUCAGAGGUGGCCGGGGAGGGGGACGGCGACGGGGAAAGGGCGGGCCACGAGGACUUGUACAAACGCUACGGGGGCUUCUUGCGGCGCAUCCGUCCCAAGCUCAAGUGGGAUAACCAGAAGCGUUAUGGCGGUUUCCUCCGGCGCCAGUUCAAGGUGGUGACACGGUCCCAGGAAGACCCCUAUGCCUACUCCGCAGAGCUCUCCGAUGCGUAAGCCCCUCCCUGUGCAGUUGAGUCGGGAGCUUCCCCCGCCACCUUCCCGCCCCGAGCGCAAGCGCUCCUCCCGGCGUACCCGCCCUUGUGCUCAGCUCAGCACUGGCUACAAAGUAUCCAAGCGCAGCCUUUCUCCCUUGGGCUGGGGAUUGUGGGAGUUGACUGGGGUCAGUGACUAGAAAAAAUGGAGAUCCCCCUUCCAACAGUGCUUGGCUCAGACCCCUCGACCUUUACAACCACCAGCAGCUUUUGAUAUUCCUCCACCCCGAUCUUAUGACCCCCCCCCACUCCAGGAAUCCAGAGGGACUUGUUCUUUGGAUCUAUGAUCUCCAGAUUUUCCUGAUUACAAGCCCCUCUCAGAAAACAACAACAACAACAACAAAAUCCAAUAAGCAUGCCUCCCAGGCAGGCAAUAUACAUAUGUACCAUAAAACAAGCAAAGGAAAAAAAUAAAUAAAUAGAAAUCCUAGCCUUGUAUGCUCAAACCUCAAAUAAUCUCCUUGUGCACCUCACCUUGGAGACUGAGCAUUAGGUGAAAAGAUUAAACGUUUUGCCUUUCAUUGGAUCAGGAAUUCUGCCACGGGGAGUCCAGUCUUUUAGAGGGCUCAAUGUCUGAUUUGCAUCUUCUGAGCCCUUGUGAUUUGGAAAGGCACCUCUCUGGGAGCUGAGCUCCCGGAAGUCCCAUUCAUGUGGUACCUUGGCCAGAGCUGUUCUCCUUCUGAAUUCUUAAAUGAUCAAGGAGGGAGCAGAGCAAACCAAUUUGUUCUGUGCAACAAAUUCAGAAUGUGGACCGGUUCCCUCAGCUCUCAUUAAGCUAAUUAAACCGGUUGGUAUCCCACUCCUUCCCCCAUGAUGAACUGAAGCAGAGUCAAGUGGAUGAGGUUAAGCACAGCCAUGUUCUUGAGCAGAUGAAUUGGCUGCCAGGAGUCCAAGCCAUCUGGCCCAGCGUAUGCAUCGGGCAUUGGAUGAGGGAGUCCAGAGUUAGAGCCUGGAAAGAGAAAGCCCUCCUCCACUCCCUGGGUGAUUCCUUCCUCUGUGUCUCCAAAUAAAACCAGAAAGAGGAAAGACAUGAUGGAGUGUUUGAGGCCAAAUGAGUUCCCUUGAUUCAAAUAACCCAGAAUCAGAGGCAGAGACCUCCUGGUGCUUGGGUUUCAGUCCCCCCACUCUCCCUGACACUAGGUUUGGGUUUGUGGGUCCAGCAGAUGCGGCUGGACAGGAGAGAAAACAGACUCAAGCUUGGGUCAUUUGUACAAGAUGCUUCUGAGCAGACCUCUUCAUGCACAGCCUCCGGGGCUCUCACGGUGUUUGGAAAUGUACAGAUUGUUUUUUGGGGUUACUUUGUGUGCUUUUUAAAAAUCCCAUUUAUGCAAUUUACUUGGAAUUUGCUUUGCCCUUAAUAGGCCUGUGUAAUUUCCUUCUCCUCCAGUACAAUAAAUAAUAGAUGCUAAUGA